AUGGCUGAAGAAAAUCAAAACAUUCUGUACGCUCCGUCUGAUUUUGCAAUAAAAAUCCAAAAAUGGAAAGUUCGUGAGGGUUAUCCGGUUACCGGAGGAAAUAUUAUUUUGUUUUACGAAUGCUUUAAUGCCUCCGACAAAGACACCAAACGAUUAAAAGCAACCAAAGCGGGCGUUGUAAAAAAGCGCCUCGCCAGAGAAGGUGAAAUUGUUGAUAAAGGCAAACCGUUAUUGGAGCUUGAGCAAUGUACUCACACUACUGUAAUCAAGGAUAUGUGUGCAGACUGUGGUGCAGAUUUGAGGCAAGACGACCAAGGGGGCCCUUCUUCUGAAGCAUCAGUUCCAAUGAUACACUCAGUACCGGAGCUAAAAGUAACGGAAACUUUAGCGAAAAAACUCGGACAAGCGGACACAGAACGAUUGUUACAAGAUAGGAAACUCGUACUGUUGGUAGAUCUUGAUCAAACGCUAAUUCAUACGACCAACGAUAAUGUACCAAACAAUUUGAAGGAUGUUUACCAUUUUCAACUUUACGGACCCAAUUCACCUUGGUAUCACACUAGGCUUAGACCGGGAGCGUUAGAAUUCCUAACCAAGGUGAACCCAUGUUACGAGCUGCAUAUAUGCACGUUUGGUGCACGAAACUAUGCCCACAUGAUUGCGCAAUUUUUAGAUGAGGACCGUAAACUGUUCUCUCACCGAAUCCUCUCCCGUGAUGAAUGUUUCAAUGCUACAAGCAAAACGGAUAAUUUAAAAGCAUUAUUCCCAUGCGGUGAUUCCAUGGUAUGCAUUAUCGACGAUCGUGAGGAUGUUUGGAACAUGGCUGCUAAUCUUAUUCAGGUAAAGCCGUAUCAUUUUUUCCAGCAUACUGGAGACAUCAAUGCGCCACCUGGUAUGUCGAAGAAUGAGCUCGAUGGUAAGGGAGUAGAUUUUAAAGAUUUGAUCGGUCAAUUUGCGAAAGAUAAGAAAGAAAGUGACAAAAACAGUCGACCUCCCACGCCAAAAAUUGAAACAGACGAAACGAGAGCAGACGAAGAUGCUCUGUCUUCGGAAAUUCAAUUGUCAACCACUGACGAAACUCCGCCAGGAAAUAGUAAAGAAAACCCACCUGAGAGCACUUCUACAGCAAACGAAAGCAAUGAGAACCAAAAAACGUCACCUGCGGAAGCGGAUAGCCAGAAAACUCGGUCAGAAAAAGAAAGUAAGUUGAUCGAAAUUGAAGACCCGGAUGACUACUUGCUAUACUUAGAACACAUUUUGCUAAAGAUCCAUGAAACUUUUUAUGAUGUGUAUGAUAAAACGAAAAAGAUCUCCGAUUUGAAGCAACUGAUUCCACAAGUAAAAUCGCAAGUUUUAGUUGGAUGCAAGCUAGUUUUCUCAGGUCUAGUACCCAAUAGCAUGAAACUACAGCAGAGUAAAGCUUUCCAAAUAGCACGAAGUUUAGGAGCAGUUGUGACGCAGGACAUCCAACCGGAUACAACGCACCUGGUGGCGGUCACCUUUGGCACUUCUAAAGUGCACAAUGCACGUAAAAACUCCAAAAUUAAAAUCGUAGCACCAGAAUGGCUUUGGACAUGUGCCGAACGAUGGGAAUAUGUUGAGGAACAGCUGUAUCCGUUACGAACUUCGAAACCGUCCAGGAUGCGUCAACCACCACCACAUUGCCACAGUCCUGAGCAUGUAGUCAAUUACGGUGAUAAUCAAAACGAUGGAGGUCCAUCGGGCAAAUCUCUCCAGCCCCCUAAGUUCAUAGAUACCAUCAAUCCAUUGCUGAGCUUUUCCAACGAUGACCUUAACGCUAUGAAUGAUGAUUUUGAUGAAUUUUUUGAAUCUGAUGAUAGUUCCAGCGACGAUGAGCCGGUUGACAUAGAGAACCCACCAAUGAACAAGACGCUUCGGAAGCGAAAGCGAAAAGAAGAAAAAGAAAAUCGACACAACAUUUUUCAGCAACGUACGGAUGUUGGCGAGGAGGACGAAUGCAAUAGAACGUUAUUAACAUAUGAUGAAGACAAUGAUAAUAGCCAAACGAAUUUAAGUUCAGAAGAUGACGAUGAAAGUCCCAGUGCGAAAUUUCGAAGAGGGGGAGCUCUUCCAUCGGACUUGGAUAUGGGUUCCAACAGCGAAGGCAGUGAUGAUCCCAUAGAUGAUGUCGAUGAUGGCGACUGGAAUAUGAUGGGAGCCGCGCUUGAGCGUGAAUUUUUAGGGCUGGACGAAUAAGUUUUUCCUUCACUCUUAUAAAGAGCCCACAGGAUUAGUACAAACUAAUAUGAACAGUGACCUCUCUUCACGAUUUCUUUGUGUUGUUCUACUGUUUUAAAAGUUUUCUUGUUACAAAAAAAUAAUUGUACAAAGUAACUCGAUUAAAAGUAUGUAGGCGUAAGAUUUUAUUUCGAAGUUAAAAAUCUACAUUAG